GGCACCAGGACACGAGGAGGAGGAAGAAGCAUAAGCAGCACCUGUCGUCUCCAUGGCUUCCAUCUCGGUCCCAGAUCCGGUCCCUUCCUCAACCCAAGAUGCAGAGAACAUAAGAAAAGCAGUACAAGGAUGGGGAACGGACGAGAACGCGCUGAUCGAAAUACUAGGCCACCGGACGGCUGGGCAGCGCGGGGAGAUCGCCGUGGCCUACCAGGGCCUCUACAACGAGAUCCUCCUCAGCAGGAUCCAAGCCCAGCUCUCCGGCGACUUCAAGGUCGCAAUGACGCUGUGGACGAUGGACCCGGCGGCGCGGGACGCCAAGCUGGCCUACAAGGCCCUGAGAAGGAAGAGGGUCGACGACCGGACCACCUGGGUGCUCAUCGAGGUGGCCUGCGCGUCGUCGCCGGACCACCUCGUCGCCGUCCGGAAGGCCUACUGCUCCGCCUACGACUCGUCCCUCGAGGACGACAUGGCCGCCUGCGCGCUCUACGAUCCCCUCAGGCAGUUCUUGGUGCGGCUGGUGAGCUCGUGCCGGUACGCCGGCGAGCACGUCGACGAGGAGCUGGCUGGAGCGGAGGCGGCCGAGCUGCACGGCGCGGUGGUGAUCAAGAAGGAGGCGCUGCACGGGGACGUGGUCCGCAUCCUCUGCUCCAGGAGCAAGCCGCAGCUCAAGGCCACGUUCGAGCGCUACAAGCAGGACUACGGCAAGGCCAUCGACGAGGUUCUUGAAGGGAAUCGCAACGACAGACUCUCGUCAAUGCUGAAAAUUACGGUUUGGUGCUUGACAUCGCCUGAAAAGCACUUCGCAGAGGUGAUUCGGUACUCAAUCAUUGGGCUUGGCACCGACGAGGAGUCCCUAACAAGAGCGAUCGUCUCACGCGCCGAUGUUGACAUGAAGAAGGUGAAGGAGGAAUACAAGGUGAGGUACAAGACGACAGUUACUGUGGAUGUCGUUGGCGACACUUCAGGGUACUACCAGGCCAUACUGCUAGCCCUCAUCGGACCCGAGCAGCCAUGAACAUUAUUAUCAACAAGCUCGAGGUAGCCAUCCAGGGACGAUGGCAUAUUGUUUGUGACUCUACUCGCUUGAUUGAAUAGAAUGGAAUCAUCAUGUGCUCGCAAUCUAGAGAGUGAAGUGUCAGUGUUGUUAAAUAAGACCUGUGACAAUUCAUUUGGUGUAUUCAGCACCUAGUUUGAGACAGUAUUUAUUUCCACCUCGAUUUGAUUAUCCAAAGAUACAGAGUGCUA